AAUAAACUUUUAAGAGAAAAUAAGAGAUGAGCUACUUUUUGCCUCUAAAUAUUCUACAGAAAAAGAAAAAUAACUAUGUUUACUUCUUAGAACCGUAGAUUAAAUAAGCGUUUAUCACUUUUUAAGGUAUUUCUAAACCCUUUUACCAGCUUUCCGAACUUUCCCGGAAAAAUGAAUAAUUCAUUCACCUGUUUUUCGCAAUGAAAGGCCCUUCUGGCCUCUCAAUGGCCCUGCAAUCGACUGUCCCAGACGCGUCCACUCUCUCUUUCACUCCACCCCUUUCGGCAAUUAGCGGCCGAUAGAUAAUCGCAUUAUCUAAGGUCACGUGGCCUUAUCACUCACCUGGAGCACCACGAGCCAAUACGGCUUCUCGCUCCUUGUCUGCAAUUCGCCAGCUGGGUUGGGUGCCGCCGCCAGUUGCAAAACAACUUGCUUUUCGCACAGAGUCGCUCGGCACUUUUUCCUGCAGCGAUGGCUUCUGGUGUCGACCUUUAUCAGCAGCAGGCGUUGAGCAUCAGCAAAGCUGUCAACCAAACCGAACAACCCAUCAAGGAGAAGCAUGUGCGCAGCACCAUCAUUGGAACAUUCCACGAGAAGGGGGCUGGCUACUUUUGGAACGUGGGUCUUCGUAUGCCAGUCCAGGAUAAUCCUAUUGUUGCCUGGAAGUUCUGCCACCUGCUGCACAAAGUUUUGAGAGAGGGUCAUCCCAAUGUGCUUGUCCAAUCUCAGAAACACAAAGGAAAACUUGCCGACUUUGGCAAACUAUGGGGUCACCUAAAAGAAGGCUAUGGCAUCCUUAUCGCUCGCUACUGUCACCUGCUGAUCACCAAACUCAAAUUCCACCAGCAAAAUCCAAAGUUCCCAGGAAAUUUAUUGGUCACUCCAGACGAGCUUAUGAAUAUUGGAGAAAAUGACAUAAACAAUUAUUUUCAAAUGGCCGUUGAAAUGUUUGAGUAUCUGGAUGACAUAGUUAGCCUCCAGAAUUCAAUUUUUGGCUCUCUGGAUAUGUCACGAUCCAAUUCGAUGACAAGUUCUGGCCAAUGUCGACUGGCUCCUCUCAUCCCUUGUAUUCAGGACAGUUCUCAGUUGUAUGACUACUGCGUCAAAAUGUUGUUCAAGCUGCACGGCAGCCUCCCACCAGAUGUUGUCAGUGGUCAUCGAGAGCGCUUUUUGAAAAUCUUCAAAGACUUGAAGCAAUUUUAUAUCAACGCUUCGAACCUGCAGUACUUCAAAAACCUGAUCCAGAUCCCCCUUCUACCUGACAGUCCCCCAAAUUUUCUGCUUCAAUCUGACUUGCGAUCUUAUGUGACGCCAGUUGUUGUGAUGCCGGAAGAUGAUCAUGACUCUCUAGAGACUGCUAGCUUUACUGAAGCCGCAGAUCUUGUGGACUUGACACCAAUUCAGCCUCUGCCACCAGUGCCUCCUCAGAACGGGAGGACUCGUUCGCCCUCCCCGCCUGCUAUUCCUCCACUCCCAGACAUAGUGGCGCAGAGGGAUUUACUUAUUCAACAACUGCAAGCAGAAAUUUUAAGGCUGAAAGGAGAAAUCCAGAAACUACUGGCUCAGUACGAGGAAAUGUACUCCCAGUUGCAAGACCAGAUCAUUGACUUAGAAACCAAGCUCGCUCAAAAGGAGAGCGAAUUGGCUCAAGAACGUCAAACUAAGGAGGAGCUUUUGGUCAAAGCUGAAGCGGCUGCCACUGCCGAGGAAAUAGAAAAAAAAGCCAAAGAAAAAGAGGAAAAGUUCCAAAAGCUGAAAGACGUCUAUGGGAAUUUACGCAAAGAACACAUCAAUCUGCUCAGGCAAAAAGCUGAAGUUGAAAAACAGCUCAACGUAACUAGGCAAAAAGCAGAAACUUUCCAAAAAGGUCAAACUGUUGCUGAGGAAAAACUGCAAGCUGUCUUGAGUGAACGGAGCACUUUGGAGGAAGGACUGCAGCAAACUGCCACGGAAAAAGAUUCUGCAAUCGCCGAGUUGGAAAGAGCAAAGGAAACGGCUGUCAACGAAACUGCUGCUGUUCAAUCAAAGCUAGAAAGAGCGCUAAAUGAAAAGAGCACUCUUGAGGCUGAGCUGCACGAUUUGCUUGCGCAAAAAUUAGAGGCAGAAGAAAAGCUCGAGGAGUCUGAACAGACCUCGAAAUUGAUGCAAAGCAACUUGAAAGCAGAAUCUGAUCAGAAGAUUUUUGCUCUUUUGGAGGGCAUAGUCAAGCAAGCUGAAAAAAUGCUGCAGAACGCUGUAAACGAAAUGGACAACCCUGCGUUGGCUGCUGUCACUUGCUCUUCGGAUUAUUUCAAAUGUCUAUGUGGCCCUACUGACAAAAUCCUAGAACAACUAGGACCAAUGCUUGACAAAUUCAGAGCUGAUCAGGAAGGAAUAGACGAUUUGGCCAAUUCCAUCACUCAGUCUGCACACAAUUUAAGUUGGCUUCUUUUGCACGGAAAAGCUCUGUCGCAAACCGCCACUGAUAUAGAAAUUGGCGAUAGUAUGUUGGAGCAAUGCAGAUUUAUUGGUACAGGAUCAAUUCAGCUAAUGUCUCUAUUGAAAAACAAAGAGAGCUGGGGUGGAGUUAGUGAGGCCUUGUCUGCACUGCGUUCACAGGUGCAGUCUCUUGGGACUCUGUCUGAGAGAUUAGAGGGAAGAGGCACACCGCUUGACACUGUUGGUGAUUUACUGGAGAGCGAAUUGCUUUCAAUGGAGAAGGCCAUUGACGAGGCUGCCUCUAAGAUUGAAGACAUGUUGACCAAAUCAAAAGCUGCUGACUCUGGCAUAAAACUGGAAGUAAACAGCAAAAUUUUGGAUGCCUGCACCUCUCUGAUGGCCGCCAUCAGGGAGCUAGUGAUAAAAUCAAGAGUUCUUCAAGAGGAAAUUGUUGCUCAGAGUAAAGGAUCUGCCUCGGUGAAGGAAUUCUACAAACGCAACAGCCAGUGGACAGAGGGUCUCAUUUCUGCAGCAAAAACUGUUGCUAUCGGUGCACACUUCCUAGUUGAAGCAGCCAACGAGGCUGUCACUAAGGGUGGCAAGCUUGAGCUUCUAGUUGUUGCCUCUCAACAAAUUGCCGCUGGCACUGCCCAGCUGGUUGUAGCAAGCCGAGUAAAGGCAGACAGAAAAAGUGGAAAUUUGGAAAAGCUUUCGACAGCUUCUCGAGGUGUUUCAACUGCAACAGGAGCAGUUGUUGCGGCUGCCAAAGCUUGUCGAAACAUGGUCGAGACAGCAGAUGUCUUGGACGUGUCGGGAAUAACACUUCACGCUGCCAAAAGGCUGGAGAUGGAUUCGCAAGUCCGAGUCUUGGAGUUGGAAUCUUCUCUUCAGCAAGAGCGCCUUCGUCUUGCCGCCUUAAGGAGACACCACUACCAACUAGCAGGGGAAUCUGAGGGUUGGGAGAAAAAGGUACCUAAUCUAAACAAUGAUUGGUUUCAGACCAUGGACAUCCCAGAGUAGAGACGACAUUUAACUUCAGUGGAAAUUCACCAGAAUUAUCAAUCUUCGGCAACUAUUAGGACAUCAAUCUCGGAUAUUUAGUGUUAGCCUUAUUAGGUUUACAAACACUAACAGCCAAUUCAAGAUAAUGCAGUUUCCAUUAUUAAAACCAAAAUGCAAGGUAUUAAGCGUAUGUACGUAACUUUUUAUCUAUAGAUGAAAGUUUACACUGGAAUAUCACUAACCAAUUAUUAUUAUCAUUGAAGCUUAAAUAAGUGCCAUGAAACUAAAAAUGUAUGGAGAAAAGUGAUCAUGUAUUAGAAAAUUGACUGAUAUGGGGCUUUUUAGAUUUUAUUUGCUCUCUUUUGUAUUGGGUUUUGUAAAUUCAUGUAGCUUAGUUGAAGACUCCUUUGGGGUUUUUUAUAUCUUAUUUUUUCCAAGCUGGAUAAUAUUAUUGAACUUGAAAUAAUAAUGAACUUAUUAUUCUGUUACAUUAGCUCUUUGCUGUUCUGUUGAAGCAUUUAUAAGCAAAGCUUUUUAAAUUUUAUUGCUGAACCAAAGGAUUAUGAAUGAAUUCCUCUUUUUUAUUAAUUUCUCAUUUAUUGUACCAGUUGUAAGUGAUAAUUUGACAGGUUUUCUGUAAUUUAAAUAUUAUUUCAUUGAAAAUCUUUAAACGCAGGUUUAGUUUUAAAAUUUAUUCCUCAAUUAUGUAGCAAAAUACUAUUUUCAAGUUAACAUAAUAUUGUUUUAUUGUGCUUUAAUAGGCCGAUUAUUUGGAAUCACUUAACAUGUUUUAUUAGGGUAAAAAUGUAAUUUUGUUCUGGCAAAUUCAUCAUUCAAUUUUUUUUUCAAUUUUUGGCAUGUCAAAUUGUGAAAAAAAAUAUGAUUUCAUAUUAAACGAUAGAGUUCAUGAAGAGCAUAAAUCACUCUGAAGAAAUUUUUGUAUAAAGCAUUGUCAAGUAAUAUCGACUAAUAAAGUUCAUAAUAAAUGGA